AUGCUCUUGAACAUUCUCUUGAUCAUCCAGAGUUUGCAGGGAAAUUGCCAUGGUCCUGAAAAGAAGGACUCUCGCUUCACAAAUAUCUACUACAUGCUCCUCACCGGCAUCUUCAUGGCCUGUAUCAUCGACUGGAAGUACCUGAGGGAUUUGGUGAAGUAUCAUGUGAAAUGGCCAAAAGUGGAUGCAGCUGAGAUCACAGCUGGAACUGAGCAGGAGGGUAAGGAGGAUGAUGACAAUGAGGGGAAGAAGGAGAAGGUUGGCUUCCGAAAGAGGAAGGUG